AACGAGCCAAUCACGUUGCAUGUGACUAAACACACACAAUCAUUACUCCAGGAAGUGUGUGCGGGGGAAGAGCACUCGGAAAGAACAAUGGGAGUCGACGUCGAGAUCUUAAGACCGGGAGACGGAAGGACAUUUCCGGUACGUGGACGCGAGGUUAGCGUACAUUACGUCGGCACGCUGACGGAUGGAAAGAAGUUUGACUCCUCCAGGGACCGGGGACAGCCCUUCAAAUUCAAAAUUGGAGCCGGCCAAGUAAUUCGUGCUUGGGAUGAGGGUGUAGCUCAGAUGAGCGUUGGCGAGGUGGCCAAGUUGACCUGCUCGCCGGACUAUGCGUACGGCAGUAAAGGAUACCCACCUAUCAUCCCAGCAAAUGCCACUCUCAUCUUUGAAGUGGAGCUGCUCGGUUGCUGAGUGUUUCAGCUGAAUGUUGCUCUUCAGAGUUUCUCAUUCCACCCACAUCUCUGACACAAAUAACUGUUUUAUUAAAGGUGCUGUCAGUAGCAUUUAUAAACAUGAAUAAAUCAUUGCUUAAAAAAGAAUCCUGCUUUAUGAAAUUGAGACAACUGACAAACAAGUGAGACCAAACAAAUUCCAGCAGGAUUGUUGGUGCUAAGAUGACACUCUAAUCCAAAAACCAUAAAAGAAUAUUAUGACAUUUUGGGAAAUAUGCUAAUUUAUUUAAGGAUUUAGUGGCCUCCAUUGUUACGUUUGUCUGAUAAAUAUUUGACGUAUCCUUUAGCUAUCAGAUAGCACAUCAGAUACAUAACGUAGUGGCAAAAAACAAACAUUAGAAAGAAUAGUGUGCCGUUUGGGGGUUUUUUGUGCCAAAAAAACAAUGUGUUUAUUCCAGUGUCUCAAAAGUAUUGUAAUGAUUAUUGUCACAAAUGCACAUGAUAGACCUUUUUAAUGAAGAGCUUAUUUGUUGACAGUGUGAAACCUUUGACACAAUGUAAAGGAACUCUUCAUAUGUUUGGAAACAAAAAUGGCUCAUGAUUAAAGUUUUUGAUGUUUAAUUUCUUUGUUAUCCAUUAGAAAUGGUCUUAUCUGUGGAAAUUGCAUUAAAAACAAAGUACACAACA